AUGGAGACCAAAGAGCUAUCCGAAGACAUCGAAGAGGAGCUCGACUCCGACAUUACGUCUAUCCGCGCCGAAAUCCGAAAUCUCCAAAGAAGAAAACGAUUCCUCACAUCCAGCCUCCUUUCAUCCGAGAGCCUCCAGAAUCGAAUAAAAUCCCAAACGGCGCCAUCACUAUCCUCAUUAACCGAAGACAUCUCCCCUCUUGUCAGAUCUGCCGGAAUCCACGCAGACGUCAACCACCAUCGCAUAGCCUUCUCGGCUACAACGUUCCCAUUCAAGGACCCGUCGCCGAACACGGAGGAUCCGAACCUCCUAGGUGUGCGUAUUGACAUCUGUGCGCGCAAUGGUCGCUUUGUGAAACCGUACUAUCUUCUCCUGAGACAGUCCCGCGGGGAAGAGAAAUGGUUCCAGGUGCAUAGACAUACCAUACCGGCGUUCAUUUCGAUGGAAACCUUAGAAAGGAUGUAUUUGCCGUUGUCGAAUUCUUCUGCGGAGCAGGCGGAUUCAGAAGAGAUGGCGCUGAAGCCGUCGAAGAAGAAACCGAGGAAGCAAAGUCUACAAGGGCUGGUGCGCGAGCUACGACGACAACUGGUUGCGUGGCAUUUACGAGUAGAUGCAGUGAGCUUGUUGCGGGAGACGUUGGGGGUUGUUCGUCGGGGGAUAGAUGAUUAUGAUGAUGAUGAUGAUGGGGUGUGGGAACGGAAUGUGCUGGGUGACAGUGGCGAAGAAAUGAGACUGGCAGCUAAUGAUCUGGGGAUUGUGUCUUUAGCUCCAACGUCGCUUGAGGCCGUCUAUGUGCGCUUGGAAUGGGCUGAUGGUAGGGUAGGAAGAUUUAAGAUCUCGAAUUCGGGCAUUGUGGAAAGGGCUGUCGUUAUUGGGGAUAAUGGUAGGGAUAAAGCGGUGGAGGUUAGUCUCACUGGUGGAGAUGGGAGAGUGGAAACGGUUCUAGAUCGGCUGAAAAGACAUGCACCGGCCAAGGAAUGA